GUGUCAUCUACUACUCGUCAGAGCCAUGGCGAUUGCGAGCUUCGUCUCUUCCACCGCCGCCUCCAUCGGAAAUCCUUCCCUCUUCAUCCAAAACCCUAAUCCUAAGCCCAUCAGUUAUAUCCUUCUCUCUGAUCCUCAUCAUCACAAAGCCCUCGCCCUUCGCCAUCACCGUCGGCCGCCCCAAGCCAUAGCACUUCGUUGCUCCUUCGUCGCUACACCUCCAUCACCUCAGCCGAACCUUCUUUCAGAUUCCACCCGCACAAUCUACUCCCUCAUGUCCCUCACCCUCUCCGCCGUUCGCCGCCUUUUCGCCGCAGCUGCGGCGGCGGCGGCAGCUCCUACCCCGUCUGAGCUUACUGAGAUUCAAUCUCUGCGGGGUUGUCUCGCUUGCAGUGUUGGGCCGCUCUUCUUCGCAGCCCUCCGGGACCGGCCAAGUGGGUAUUUGAACACUCCGCUGACGGUUGUUGCGUCGGGCAUGGGUAAAUGGCUUGACAUCUACAGUGGCGUCCUUAUGGUGCGGGUCCUGCUCAGUUGGUUUCCCAAUAUCCCGUGGGAUCGGCAGCCUCUCUCUGCCAUUAGGGAUCUCUGCGAUCCCUAUCUCAACCUUUUCCGCAACAUAAUACCGCCGAUUUUUGACACGUUAGACGUCAGCCCGCUUCUAGCUUUUGCAGUAUUAGGCACGCUUGGUUCGAUCCUCAAGAGCGCUCGAGGAAUGUACUAGGUUUAAGACUUCUGGAAUGGAUUCGUUCCUUUUCUUGAUGAUAUAUGGCUGCAGAAUUAGUAUUUGAUGAUUUGAGGAACUAUCGAAUUUCACAGAAUUACAUAAACGGCUAUAUGAAGGAAAACCAAGAAAGAAUACUAUGAUUGUCAACUCAAAGUAUCUUAUUUAUUAGAAAACUAGCCAUAUAAAACUUAGCAGCAUCCAGCUCAUAGUGUGGCGUUUAUUAUAUUGUAAUGUUAUUACAUACCCAAUAAUGACACAUUACAUUAGAAUAUUUCUUGUUUAUCAACAAUUUCUUAUGUCUUUGAUGAAAUAUAUAAAGGAGCUGGGUACAUUUCUCAAUUUGAAAUGCAUCCAUCCAAUCUACUUUGGAUUA